AUGGCUACUGAAUCUUUCGUCACCCUUCUAUUAUUUGCAUCUGCCCGGGAUGCUAUCCCCGAUGAACCUCAAUCGCUGGAGCUCCCCCUGCCUCACGUCGAAUAUGAAACGAGCUCUACAGUGAAGACUGUACGAGAGUCUCUGAAAACUCUUGCAUUGUCAAAUGGAUGGGUAAAAUUUCUCGAUGUACUCGAUCGAUCAUUAUUCGCUGUAGAUGACCAGAUGGCUCCGCUGGAACAGGAAGCCAACAUUGCCGUUCAUGCCCAUCAUCUCUUGGCUGUCAUCCCUCCUUGCAGGAUGACAUAUGAAGGAGCCAUUGUAUGA